CAGAAGGGACGCCGAGGAAAAAUUUGUAAAACCCUAAAAUCUGAACUUGAACGUUACAUGUACUCCCUCAUCUGAGAUUAUAUACGACGGGGCAGACAUGGCUGGAGCUUCUCGAGAGCAAGCACUUUCUCUUAUUGCUGCCGCGAAUAACCACGGGGAUUUGGCGGUAAAACUAUCUUCUUUGAAACAGGCGAAAGAGAAUCUAUUAUCUGUCGAACCGUCUUUUGCAGCGGAUCUCUUUCCAUACCUUACUGAGCUUCAAACGUCCCCCGAAAGCUUGGUUAGGAAAUCCCUCGUCGAGUUGGUGGAAGAGCUUGGUCUUAAGGUGAUGGAGCAUUCAUCUAUAUUGAUGCCAGUACUAUUGGCACUGUUAAAAGAUGCCGAUUCUGUUGUAGUGAGACAAUCUAUUAUUAGUGGCACAAAUUUCUACUGCAGCGUCCUUGAAAAGAUGGCACUGCAGUUUCAUCAAUCUGGUAGAGUUGAAAUGUGGCGUGAAGAACUUUGGAUGUGGAUGGCUAAGUUCAAAGAUGUUGUUUGUGGCAUUGCUUUGGAGCCUGGUUCUGUUGGAACAAAGUUGCUCGCUAUGAAAUUUUUGGAAAAGUACAUUCUACUUUUCACACCAGAUGUCAAUGAUCCUGAAACAUCUACUAAAGAAGGAAAGGGGUUGAUGUUCAAUAUUUCAUGGGUGGCUGGAGGCCACCCAAUUCUGGAUGCAGCCUUCUUCGCUUUGGAAGCAAGCAAAACUCUUGGUCUUCUCCUGGAUCAGCUGCAAUCAGCCAGUACCCUUCGUGGCUCUUUGAUAAUCGCUCUAAUCAACUGUCUUGCGGCUAUUGCAAGGAGGCGCCCCCUCCACUAUAGUAGUAUUCUUUCUUCACUUCUUGGUUUUGACCCAAAUUUUGAGACACUAAGAGGUGGGCAUGCUGCCAGUAUCCAGUACUCUUUAAGGACUGCCUUCCUGGGGUUCUUGAGGUGUACCCAUCCAGCCAUUAUAGAGUCAUGUGACCGAGUACAUAGGGCUUUAAGAGCAAUGAAUGCUGGAGAUGCAGCUGAUCAAGUAAUUCGGCAGGGUGAUAAAAUGAUAAAGAAUACUGAGCGUGCUUCCCGUGAUGCUCGAUUUGGCAAGGAUGAACAAUCAUCAAGCCCACUACCUGUUUCUGGGGAUUUGAAGAAAUGGCCUAUGCUUCAUUGUACUGAUGGGCCGUCAAAUACUGAUGAAGUUCCUAGUAAAAACACUCAUUAUGGUCCUCUAGGAAACUCAUUGCCUGGCAAGAUACUCGAUGAUUCUAGGCAGGAUGAUGUUACUGUAAAUGGAAUAUCUCCUAAGCUGCCUUUGCUUAACAGUGACUCGACACCUGCGGAACAAAUGAUUGCCAUGAUUGGUACUUUAUUGGCACAAGGGGAAAGAGGCGCCGAGUCCCUUGAUAUUCUAAUAUCGAAAAUCCAUCCUGACCUGUUGGCUGAUAUCGUUAUAUUUAAUAUGGGGCACUUACCUAAGACUCCCCCUCCCUUAUCAAGCAGACUUGGGAAUGUUCCAGUAUCUUCACAGACAAGUUCGUCAAGCAUUCCAUCACAACUGGCACCCAGCGCUCCUAUAAUUUCAGUGCAGGCUCCUGCUGCCCCACUACAAGCUGCAUCACCUUCUUCUUCUGCAGUAACAGGCAGCACAUCAUUGGCUGAUGUCUCCACAGUCCCUAGUCUUCCUGGUGACUAUAAACGCGAUCCACGUAGGGAUCCUCGUCGUCUUGAUCCUCGCCGUGUGGCUGUACCUGGUAGUGUACAGUCAGUGCCUUUAUCUGUAAAGGAGGAUACUGGUGAUAUGCAAUCUGGAAUUGACAGUUUGCUUCUUUGA